GCUCGUCUCGCGGCCACUGCUUUAACAAGUUUUGCCACGCGCGGCACCGCGUUUUCCCCCGCACCUCGAGGACGCUCUCACUCAGACUCACCCGCAAAAAAGCCUCUGUUAUCCGAAUAAAUAAAUGCCCGCUCGGCUCUUCAGUCAGCUGCCGCUGGACGCAGUGAUGUCAGAGGAGCUGUAGACUCGGAGCGACAGCCAGCAAACUCCUCACGGUUAGUUGUUCUGAAACAAGUCAACCACAGAGACGUCUGGGCCAUGAAGACGAUCCUUGCUGCCUAUUCUGGAGUCCUGAAGGGCACCGGCUCCAGCAUCCUCUCCUCCCUUCAGGAUCUUCCGUUGGCGCUGUGGCCCUGCAGCUCCAGGAUGGAAAAGCAUCUGCAGGUCAUCUCUGUGCUGCAGUUUGUCGUCUCCUUCUUAGCCAUGGGUAUCGCCUGCACGCUGCUGUUGAUCUACAUGUUCUGCACCGAUUGCUGGCUGAUUGCCGCCCUUUACACCGCCUGGCUCAUCGUUGACUGGAACACCCCGAAACGAGGUGGCAGGAGGUCAUCCUGGGUGAGGAACUGGACAGUAUGGACGUAUUUCCGAGACUACUUCCCCGUCAGGCUCAUUAAAACCCAUGAUCUGCUCCCGAACCGGAAUUACAUAUUGGGCUACCACCCUCAUGGUAUCUUCUGCUUUGGUGCUUUCUGCAACUUUGGUACGGAGGCGACGGGAUUCUCCAAGAAAUUUCCCGGGAUCAAGCCAUCCCUGGCGACGCUGGCGGGAAACUUCCGCUUGCCUGUCCUUCGAGACUACCUGAUGUCUGGGGGCAUCUGCCCAGUGAACAGGCACUCCAUAGACUACCUGCUCUCGUGCAACGGGACGGGGAACGCUGUGGUCAUCGUUGUCGGAGGAGCAGCAGAGUCUCUGCACUGUGUGCCCGGCGUAAAUUCAGUCACCCUGAAGAACCGCAAGGGCUUUGUAAAGCUGGCCCUGCGAAAAGGGUCCGACCUGGUUCCUGUGUACUCGUUUGGGGAGAACGACGCCUACAAGCAGGUGAUCUUUGAGGAGGGGACCUGCUGGAGAGCUCUGCAGAAAAGGCUACAGAAGAUCUUGGGCUUUGCCCCGUGCCUUUUCUACGGCAGCGCCUGGGGCAUCGUGCCCUUCUGCAAUCCCAUCACCACCAUAGUCGGGGAGCCGAUCACAGUGCCUAAAAUUGAGGACCCAACAGAGGAGAUGGUGGACCUGUACCAUGGAAUGUAUGUCAGGUCUCUCCGGUGCCUUUUUGACAAGUAUAAGACCCGCUUCGGUCUGAAAGAGAGCGACAUCCUGCACAUCCAGUGAGAGGACGAGGAGGUUCCUGCUGAACUUCCCUCCUUGCUCUGCCUCAGCGGUCUGGUUUAUGUCUGGACAGUGAAACCGUACGCAUGUCGACAUCUGGUGGAAAACAAACAAAAACAGUUUUCACACUUGCACAGCUUGAGCUUAGGAAAAUAAGUCUGGUUUCAAGAACAGUGGCCUCACUGCAGAACUUUUUUUUUUUUUGGUCAAAGUUACACCAAAUACCACAUCAAAAGCUGUGCCUUUUUUUGGAGAAAAUUUCUGAUGUGCACCGUCUCAUCGGUGCAGAGGGGGGUAACCUCCACUAGAUGGAGCUGUAAAGUAAUCUGGAAAACCUGCCAGCAUCUUCCAUUACCUGUGCAUUCAUAUACUACUCCUUGUACACUUUAGAACCACAUAACAUGCUAAAUGCACAUACAAUGCAAGUGGAAAGCACCACUUUAAUAAUGAGUCAACAAGCCCAAAUGUUAAUUUAGCUAAAGAUGUGUUUUUUCCUGUCAACCCCUUCGAACGCAGUGAUUAGAUGUACACAGAAAGUGUACAUUUUCUACAGGCUGGAUCGACAUGGUUGAUGGACAGCACACAUUUGCCUGUAAUUGUUAUUGCCAUAAAGUAUUAAUUGUAUUCAGCUGAAGGGAUAAAAGCCUGUUUGACCUAUCCUUUCAAGAAUAUUUCUCAUGCACUUUUUUUUUUUUUUUUUUUUUGAUUAUCAAUUAUGCUCUGGAGAUUGUCUUCGAAAAAUUGCCUUUGAUAAUCAGAUUCUCCUCGGGAAGUGACCCUCCUGCUGCUUUGCUUUUAUGUUCUCCUUUCUCUCAUUCCAGGUUUUGAUUCGGGAAAGGUGGCACUCAUCUAUGCAAUGAAAACUGAAAUUUUUCUGUCCUGAAUUUUUUUGUUGUUGUUUUUUUUUUAAGUUUAGAGCAGCAGUGACAAGGUUGGGGUCAGUUAGAGAACUGAAUGCCUGACACCUGAUGGUUCCAGUAUGUUGUGUGUCAUUGCAGAACUGUAGCUUAGGUGUGAUCAGUGAAAAUAAGUAAGUUGAUAUUAACUUGAUUCUUGGUACAUCUUUGAGUUUGGUACUUAUUUGAAGUGAGGUUCUGUUAAAACUUUCCAAGGAGUCACUAACUUACCUGAAAUAAUUUUUUUUUUUUUUUUUUUUUUUGGUACAUCCUUUAGUGUAUUUGUUGAUCUUGCAGACCAAUACCAAAGCAUACUUUUGUCUUAAAAGAACUUCAGUCUUAAAAAUACGCCAACUUUAUUUCCAUGAACCUUUAAACCAUUUGUCAUGUUUGCUUUAAAGCGUUAUUUACUUUGAAGUAGAUGAUUACUUACACAGGAAAUGGAGGCUGUGCCACCAACGAUUGUCCUGUGUGCAGCAUUUGACCUGCUUAAUUCACAGUAACGAAGAUCACUGAUGGCACUCUGCUUCCUACCUGAAUUUCCUGUGUAAAUAAAAAUCAGACAUGGUGUACAUAGUUGCCCAAUGCAAGCAUAACGAUGGUCCAAAGGGACAUUAAACUGCGUUCAAGGAAAUUGCUGCUUUCUUUUGAGGUAGGUAGGAGUUGAUGUAAGUUGAUUUUGCCCCUCGCUAGCUAGUUGUUAGCUUUAGCAUUGACAGCUAAUCUGGAUUUGUGCAAAAAAGUUUUGCGGAUGAGAUUGAUUUCUUACAACCUUCGAACACAACCUUACUUCAAAUAUGGAACUAUCCCUUUAAGCUACUUGGUACUUGCAGGCAUUGGGCUAUCCCCUUCCUCGACAGAACAGGGAAUCAUCUGAUUCAGUAAGGCUGCUUCUUGUGAAUGAUGGUGGUCGAUAAGCUUGAAGAGCAAUUUCCUCUUGUCUCAACACUGUGACUUCCUUUAGAGUAGUGAAAUCCUUGUGAUAAAUCUCAGAGCAAUAAAAAAAACGAGAUGCCUUUGUGAUGGACAUCAUCUGUCUUCCAUUAUUUAAAUAAAAUUUUUGUAUAUUUUGAAGAGA